AUGUUCAUCUUUGCAUUGUUCUGCCUGCUGGCAGUGGGCAGCCAGGCCAAGCCAGUGGUGGAGCCUGCGCAGCAUAUAGUGAUUGUUACACCGCAGGCCCAGGUGCACUUGGAGCCGGCGUUGCGCUAUGUGCAUGGCCUGUCGCAGCUGGCGCGCGUCUCUGGACCGCAUCAUGAGGAGACCAUUGUCUAUGUGCCCGCUGGCGCUGCUGCCGCGGUGGUGCCCAAUGUGGUCAACGAGGCUGUUGUGGCUGGCCGCCAAAUUGAGAACAUUCCCGCGACGGCUCAGCAGAUCCAGCAACAGGCUCAGCAGGGUGUGGAAAUUGUGAGCGGACAGUUCGGUGAGGCGGCUGCUGCUGCAGCUGCCACUGGCGCUGGCUUCUUUCCUGGCUUUUUCCCAUCCAAGCAAUCAGAAGCAGGAGGAGCAGCAACUGAAACUGGAGACACCAAGCCAAUACUCAGCCGCUUGCCCGUGGCCACCGAGGCGCGUCACUUCUACAGUCUGCCACAAGUGUAUCACACUCCCGUCGUUGAUGUCGUGCACACUCCCGUCUACUCCUGGCCCAUCUCCACUAUUCGCGCACGCAGCAUUCAAGCCGAUGAGGCCGCCCUGCCAGCCAUUGAAUUGAAAGCCGAAGCUGCGGCUGCGCCCGAGCAACCGCUAGCCGCCGCUGCUAUUCCCGCCAUCGCCAUCGAACCUGCACAGCCGCUGCUCAAGGAGCAGAAACAGGAGCAGGCCAUCGAACAGCAGCCCUUGGAGCCAGCUGCACAGGCCAUCAUACCCUUUGCCGCUGCU